UAAGCCGCUGCGAGCCUUUGUUCGAACGCUGAAUUUCUCAGCAGCCGAGAGUCCGAUACAGCCCACGAGCGAUCGAUCGAGCGAGCGAGCGAGCGAGCGAGGAAGCGCAGGCAGGAGGAGGAGGAGCUCAAUACGAGGACAGGCUUGCAGCAUUCUAUCCCACCGCGCAUAAUGCGAUGCGAUGCAGGUUAGGUUUCGGGUCGGAGUGCGCGAGUCGGAGAUGAUCCGCGGUGUGUGGGAGAAAUGCUGAGAGGUGCAUUUCGACGGGGAAUUGAGGAGUUUAUGGCUUCCACCUUGAGGGGAGGAUGAAGUUGUGCGUGCGUGUCCGUGGGUCCGAGGUUUCAAAUGGUGGGUUAGUCUUGGGUGUCGUCGGAGCUGUGUUUCAUCGCGAGCGCGUCGAAUCGAGUUUGCAGCUGUCGUUCCUGUGAGCUCUUGUGCGGGAGCAUCUUGUCACAGAUGGUGUUAGGUUUGGUAUGAAGCACGUCCUUCACUAUGGCACCUCCAACUCCAUCUGCCUCCGUGUCCGUCAGUGAAGAGUACAGGAUACUGGUCGAUAAGUCCUACAGUAAGUUUUCACGAUUGCGAGAGUUUCCUCCGUUUGGCCGAAACAAAUGGGACACCUACUACCAUAAGGCAUUUCAGGUGUAUUCGAAACUUUGGAAGUUUCAACAGGAAAAUCGGCAGAAGUUAGUCGAAACAGGUUUGAAGCGAUGGGAGAUUGGGGAAAUUGCGUCUCGAAUUGGGCAGCUGUACUACAACUAUUACCUGCGAACCAGCGACUCCAAAUUCUUAUCUGAAUCGUACAUUUUCUACGAGGCGAUCAUGAGUCGCGAAUACUUCAAAGACACUGGGAAAGAUACUACGCUGGCUAACAAGCAGCUCAGGUUCUAUGCGCGCUUCAUCGUCAUUUGUUUACUGCUGAAUCGGAGGGAGAUGGUUCACCACUUGGUCCGUCAGUUCCGAGUCCUCGUCGACGAUUAUUGCCAUUCCUUUCAGGGUAAUGAUUCCAAGGAGUGGAAGCUGGUUGUGCAAGAAAUCAUGCGAUUUAUGAAGGCAGACGCUCCAUGUGACACCAGCAGACCCUUGCGAUAUAGUGUCCUACUCGAUCCUGCAAUUCUUCCCGAGGUCUCAAGCGCGGAGUCUGGGAAAAGUUUACGAUUACAGGACGCAAUUCUCGCAAGCUAUUAUCACAACGAGGUGAAGUUCAGCGAGCUUACCCUGGACACUUUCAGAAUGCUCCAGUCUCUGGAGUGGGAGCCUAGUGGUACGUUGUACAGGACGAAGACUGUCGACACUGGCAGUGCGUCUGGUAACGGACCAACUUCGUUGAACAAAGGCAGUCUUCAGCUGCAAAUACCUGAUCCAAGUUUGCCUCCCAAUCCCCACAAGUAUAUCUUGUACCGGCCAACGGUUCCUCAGUUACUCCUGGCAUUGGCCACGGCAUGCGAAGAGCUCUCCUCCGACUCCAUCCUCCUGCUCUACAUAUCUGCGUCAGGAAAGCCCCCUCGCAGUUCCCACACAGGUAAUGCUGGUGCUUCAGGAUCGGAUUCGCACUUAGAUUCACCAACUGAAGCGCCGAAGACUUCAGGUUCUCAUGAUUCGUGUAUUGAGCCUGCGCAAGAACAAAAUGGAGUUCUGCCUGGUUCUCACAUCAGCAGCCCUCGAAGUACUGGAGAUGUUGUACCGGGUAUCAACUCUGGUGGACUGUGGUUGGGUGGGAAGCGAAGUGCAGGUAUCAAUUUUCUGUAUCCGAGUGACCUUCUUCCGUUCACGAGGCGUCCUCUGGUUAUUGUGAUCGACAGCGACAACAGUCCUGCCUUCGAGGUUAUUAGUGGCCAGGAAAGGGGAGAAUCGGCAGCCCUGUUGCUUUCACCGACCCUUCAACCAGUCGAUGACAGAGGAUCAACAGCCACUUCGUCUUCAGCCAACGGCGGAAAUUUGUUCUCAUUUUUUCUGACAGCACCUUUAUUGGCUUUCUGCCGAGUCAUCGGUGUAAACUCAUCAACAUUACCGCCGGGUGUUUAUGAGCAAUUGGAGAAGCUCGUCUCACAGCUAUCAUCUCAAUGGGGAGAUCACCUCGCGUCAUCAUCGACAAUACACUUUACCUGGUCACGCAUCCUGAAUGACUCCUUUCUCCGACAACUAAUUUUCAGGUUUGCCUUUUGUCGAAGUACUUUCUGCCUCCACACACUCUUUCGCAACAAGCAGGAGUACAUACCACGCUGCCUUCCAGUCCUGCCAGAAGAGGCAUCACCAACUUCAAAGAUUCUGGAGACAGGAAUCUUUAAGUUAGCCACGAGGCUUGGUGUGAUAGAUCAAUUUGUGUUUACAGGACCUAACGCCCACACCAACGGGGCUGUGAAAGUUAAGGCGCAGUCUCCUCCCUUGAGCGCUAGAAGUCAAGCGACCAGUACCGGAGGUGACAUUUCAGACGGGAGCUGGUCCGAUUCUUCCGAAGUAGUCGGAGGAACGAAAACUGGUUCUGUUAUCGAAGGUAGGUAGGUAGUGAAGGUAGUUUACAAUGCCAUGAAUGCCAGGCGCACGGUUGUGAUAUUGUACCCUUAGAUUUGUUCUACCGGAGUCAGCUUUGAGAUCGGUGAGCAGGACACACUCAUCUCCUUAGUUGUGCAUCUUAGUUGGCCUGAGAUUGGAAUCAAUGUCUUGGAUGGAGGUCGCUCAUAAUCUUGGUACUCUACCGAAUCAUUCUACAAGUGGCAAAGAAAGGGGUCAUCAAGCUUAACACAUCAGGUAUACUCAUCGAUUGGCCCCCGCGAAUCUUAAGCAGUUGAUCCAGCUGCUACAUCCUUACCUCAUUUUUGUAAGAAUGUAACAUGUGCAACUUUUAUUUAAAACUGUAACUCUGAAGUUGCAACCUUCGGCUUAAGUUUGUAAACCCAUAGCGUACUGCGUGGAUUCGAUGAUCGUGUGUCUAGUCCCACUUCUGAGUUCCUAUUACCCAGAGAUAAGAGGAACUUGCUUGAAUUUACACCGUACAGCACUUACGUAGUGUACAUCUUUAUCCACGUCAGGUGGAAAUUAACUGGAAAGAGUAGUCUCUGUCCAUUUCUCAACAUAUGCUGUCAUCUACUGGCUUACGCACAAUACAU